UCUGAGCUCCGGCAGAAACGCGCAAAGAUGCUUUGAAAGCAACACUGCAGCAUCUCCGAGUCAGAGCCUACAAAAAACAUCGCAUCUCCUUCAAGCGCUCGUUCAGCGCUUCAACCCCAUCCAGCACUAUCUACAGGGUUUGUUCACCUGCAUGCAGGAUCCUCUGUUUUUUUCUUUCGCCUCUUGUACAUUUCCCGUUGCUAUUUAUUUUCCGCGCGCAUCUUCCCAGUUUUCAGCAGUGAAUCUUUUGAGCUGUUCCGACCACUGAGGUCAUAUAUUGUUUUCAGCAGGAGAGCGCCAUCGCAAGCCACGAGUGGGGACGUUUCCCACAUCACUUGUUAUUAAUAUCAGUACAGCCUGAGCCACUGGAUAUCAUUCCGUAUCUAAGCUGCUACGGAGGAUCGACGCACCCCAAACAUUCAUAUAAUCGUGGUUUCACAUUUAGAAACAACUUAUUUGCGUAUCGCGUCCAGGGAAAACAAGACCGAGCCUAAAGCUUCUUUAUAAAAAAUGAUGGCCGGUGGGGCAGUGCAGCAAAACGGGAUUUUCUCCAAUCCGCAUCAUCACAAUCAACAGCCGCACAUGGAGUCUGAUCCCCCCGAUUCCCGCAAAAGACCCCUGGAGACCCCAACGGAGGCCAGCAGCACCAAACGCACAAACACAGGAGAGAGAUGCAACCAACCGGCCAUCCAUGAUCCACCAUUUUCAUCAGAUUUUGUCGGAUUUCACGAGGAAGGCGAAUAUUUCUUAAAGGUGCUGAUUCCAAGCUACGCCGCAGGCUCCAUAAUUGGCAAGGGUGGUCAGACUAUUGUCCAGCUACAGAAAGAAACAGGGGCCACCAUCAAGCUGUCCAAAUCCAAAGACUUCUACCCGGGAACAACAGAGCGCGUCUGCUUGAUCCAGGGCACUGUAGAGGCGCUGAACAGUGUCCAUGACUUCAUCGCAGAGAAGGUGCGAGAGAUGCCGCAGAGCGCUCAGAAAACAGAGCCAGUUAGCAUACUUCAGCCACAGACCACCGUCAACCCUGACCGUGUCAAACAGGCCAAGCUCAUAGUGCCCAACAGCACAGCAGGGCUGAUCAUCGGCAAGGGCGGAGCCACGGUGAAGGCCGUCAUGGAGCAGUCUGGUGCCUGGGUCCAGCUCUCACAGAAACCUGAAGGCAUCAACCUGCAGGAGCGCGUCGUCACCAUCAGCGGGGAGCCCGAGCAGAACCGCAAGGCCGUGGAGAUCAUUGUGCAGAAGAUCCAGGAGGAUCCGCAGAGCAGCAGCUGUCUGAACAUCAGUUAUUCCAACAUCUCUGGCCCUGUGGCUAACUCCAAUCCUACCGGCUCCCCAUAUGCCAACUCGGCAGAGGUAAUGCCGGCUGCUGCCGCGGCGGCGGCAGCCACAGCCUCCAGUCUCCUGGGGCAGGCCAGUCUGGCGGGAGUGGGGGCCUUCCCCACCACCAUGUCCAGCUUCUCAGGGAACGACCUGCUGGCUAUCACAUCUGCACUGAACACGUUGGCAAGCUACGGAUACAAUACCAACUCCCUGGGCCUGGGGCUCAACCCUGCGGCUGCCUCAGGAGUUCUCGCUGCUGUGGCCGCAAGCGCUAACCCUGCCGCAGCUGCGGCCGCCAACCUGCUAGCCUCCUACGCCAACGACGCAACCACCAGCUCCGGUCACCCCGCGACCAGCCUAGGAGGAUUCACACUAGGCUCACUCGCUGCCGCCACCGGAGCCACCAACGGUUACCUGAGCGCUGCUUCCCCGCUGAUGGCGAGUUCACUACUGGCCACCGAGAAGCUAAACGAGGGGGCCAAAGAUGUGGUGGAGAUUGCGGUGCCGGAGAACUUGGUGGGUGCCAUUUUGGGGAAGGGAGGCAAAACACUUGUGGAGUACCAAGAACUGACGGGAGCCCGCAUCCAGAUCUCUAAAAAGGGAGAGUUUGUUCCUGGCACCAGAAACCGUAAAGUUACCAUUACCGGAUCGCCAGCCGCCACACAGGCAGCCCAAUAUCUUAUCAGCCAGCGAAUCACAUACGAGCAGGGUGUGAGGGCCACCAAUCCGCAGAAGGUGGGCUAAAAACAGGGAGUAUGAAAAAAGGAGAGAAAAAGAGUGGGGGAUGGGGAAGAUACAGAGAAAGAUGGAGGGGCGUGAAUAUCAACGAAAAUCAGCCACAUUCUUUGUGGGAAAAAUCUCAGUAUUAAAAAAAUAAGAUGGAAAAAAUUCCACUCAAAGUGGAAAAUUUGAAAGAAAAAUGUGUAAAAUGUAAAUAUGGGUUUAAUGCUUAUGUUCUGGAUUUUUAUUGGUUGAUUUUGUUUUGUUUUUGAUUUGUUUUAUUUUGUGCAUUUUCUGGACAGCAGUGAAUGGCAUUUCAACCUGGCAUGCUGCCGCGCUGCAGUUCCCAGCAGGUGGGCAAGGUGGUCGGAUGGGGGACAAUGGGGUGGAGCAAUCCGAGGAAUCAGCCCCUUCCCCACCCCCAUCCCCUCCUAGCUGACAGAUUUUUGUUCUUUAAUUUUUUUGUCCUUAGUUUAACUCCCAACCUUUCGCCUAUGCUUUCUCUUUAAGAGGGCCUGAGACUGAUUAUAUAUCUCCCCCAGUCUGUGACACCCCAUACCCCACCCCAGCCCCAAUCGCCCCAGCCCUCCCAAUCCCAGCCGACCCAACACUGCUCCGCACCGGGCAGGAUAGGGCGGGGGAUGUGAGGCUGCUGCAGGGUCUCUCAGCGCCACUAGACAUUGACCUGAGGUUCCAGUUGGACCAGGUGCAUGCCACCACAGAUAUUGUUAGCAUAAGGGAAGCUUGUAGAUAAUUUUGCGGACAUAGGCCAGGACGCAAAACACACCUGAAUCUUUCGUACCAUAGCUCCUAGAAAUUGUGGCAUUUGUCAAUGAGAUUCGAGAUCUGGUGUUUAUACAAACACUAUUAUCAUUACUAUUAUUAUUAUUAUUACUACAAAUUAUCAUCACUAUCAACCUUAUUUAUUAAUAUGAUUUCACCCAUAAGGACUGAAGUAUUUUCUUUUGUUUUUCUUAAUCUGUAAAUUCAGGUUGACAUGAAUGUAAAGACAAUAUUUUGGAUUUAGUUUUUUAUUUAAGUAGAUUGAAUCGUGUGUCCAUGUAAUAUAUGUCUUAUUUAACGUCCAGUGAUAACUGCACCGUUGGCACCAACAGAGAGAAUAGGGGGCAGAUGUACUGUACAGUGAUAUUAACACAAAAAACACACACCCUCAGCAAACUAUUACCUGACUUAAAUACUGAAAAUGCAACUAAACAUACACAGACUUGAAGUCACAAGUGGGAGUAGACAAUUUAUACACAUAUCUACCGAAUGAGAAUGUAGGUCUUUGCACAAGUCCAAGGGAGUGUAUCAGAAUACGACUUUACAUGAAAGCCAAUCCCUUUCUGUAACGUCCCAAAACAUAUACCCCUAUUUACUCUAUGCUGCCCCUCUGCAGCGCGAGAGAUUGUGCACUUUGAGCCGCUGCAGUCGAGUAUCUGCGCAAAUCAGCUGGAAAAUUUGCAAAGAUAUUCCAUAUCAAAUCAAAAAUUGGCCCUCAGAGCUCUGAGGCGUUUCAUGAACACAUACUACUGAAAGACUAAGAACAAAUUCUGAUCUGCACAGGCUGCUUAGUAACAUGGUCCUCUCUGGAGAUCCCAGGUUGUGUUUUCUAUAGUGGCUGUACGUCCUGAGUCACCAGUAAAUCUUAUUCUAUAAUGGGCUACCCAUGUGAAGAUCUUCCUGUGCAGAUCUGAGCUACCCAUGUGCGAUGUAUGUGCUGCUAGGUCCUGUUUCCUUUUUUGUUUUGAAUCGGAGUACACUGAAUUUUGUCUUAAUGCACUGUGAAGUGUGGAGGCCGUGAUGGAAGGCCAAAAAAAGUCAGGGUUUCUCGUUUCAUCGUUAUCGCAUCGAAGCAUCAUCAUGAUGGAAUGUACUCAUGUGGAACGUCUCAUAUUUAUAACAACCUCCGUGGAGUCAAGGUAUCGCUUACCAUAGGGUGGAAAGGAAGCCUGGAUGGUUUGUUAGGUUGAGGUCAGAACCUUCAGACCAGUUCGUCUUUGGGCAUCAUGUUGCAGUAUCCAACCUUAACUUUCCAAGCGUGCACUAACUAACCACCAGCUGACCGUGUAUAUUUAUCGUGAAGGGGCAGAGGAUGGUAUAUUCUGUACGCUUAAACUUUAGGUGCCCUCCAAAACUAUUCUGUGUCUAAACAACUGUUAUUGAUUCUUUACCGGCUGGAAUGAGCUGAAAAAUACCAAACUGCUCUUUAUUAUGGAAACCAUAAGACUUAAGCACCGAGAGCAUUUCCCAAAGAAUAAUUAGACCACAGAAAAACACAGAGUUUGUGCUCUCUCUCCCCAAAUGACUAAAGUUAUGAUUCUUUCCUCUCCUUUGCUAUUGGAGCACCAGGGAGAGUAAAUCUGAACCGAUUGGUAAGGAGGCUUCUUUAUUCUCAUCUAAAAACCAUCACCUCCCCUCACCUCUUCUCAACACCCUUUUUUUACCUUCGUGCACCCCCAUUCUGACACAUCAACCCAGAGACCCCCUUUUCUCUCACAUCUCUCCAUGGGUGGCAAUGUCUGGUGUAAAAGUGCAUGUCUGCUUGCCCUUUCAUGGAACAAUGAUGGUGCGAAGGGAAGAAGCGCCUUCAGAGUAGAACUAGAAGCUUGCAGUAGAUCAUGAUCGCACACAUCACACCUUCAAAAAGGGACUUAUUACAAGCCAUUCAUGUGUUUGUAUGGUGUGCAUGUGUGUGAAUAUGCGUGUAAAGGUGAUAGGUUUGGAUAGAUAUGAAUGUGUCUAGCAGUUGUGCCCAAGGUGAGGGGAUCUAACAAGCGACUGAAACAGCAAAGACUCAAGGUACUCUACUAUAAGAUUUUUGCAUUGUUUUUUUUUUUUUUUUAGGUGCAAUUUUCAAACAGUAGGAUGUAAUAGUUCAGAUUUGAAGAUCAAAACGAGGAAGUGAUGGCAAUCAUGCCAAAAACGCCUCCGCAUUUUAGAGUGCAUCUAUGUAUUUGGUUUUACCCAUGAUGCAGUACUUCAUCAGACACUUCAGAGCUUGAACGAGUCUCAGUAGAUCCCCCAGAUAAUUUUUUUAUAAAAAAAAAAAAAAACAUUAAAAAAAAAUUGCCGUUCUUAGACACAUAAAAAACAAGAUAUUAACAAGAUAUUACUGUGAGAAUUCAAUGUGAAAACUAUAAAAAGGUGCCAACAUAGUGUCAAGGAGCAGCUUUCUGUUUUGUUGUUUUUAUAUUCAGUACUAAAAGUACAUAUGGAGGGGGGGGGGUUCUCAAUUGUUUUGUUUUUUGUUUGUUUUUUAGUAACUGAGAAAAUAGAUCAAAUGUGAUGAGUACUGAAAGCAAUAUACGUAGUAGCAUGUCGUCUUGUCUUGUCCUUUUAAUUCUGUCUGUGUAGGAGCUUUGGAUUUAUCUAGAUGUUGAGUAGAUUUGCAUAUACAAUUUUUUUAAGUUGUGAAGAUGCUGCUAUUGAAUAAGUGAUGUACUAAAAUUUAAGGUUACAAAACAUAUCUGGUCAGUCAUUUAGCAGGAUGUGGUAGUUGUAAGAGGUGUUACUAAAUGCUGAAUUGAUAAUGAAAUAAUUGCUUUAUCAAUGGAUUAAAUAAACAUGUGCCAAAAUAGAUCUUUACGGAUUUAAAUGUGAUUUAAACAACAUUAGAUAAGAGCAGACAUACUUUUGUAAUUUAAAAUAAGAAAAAAAAUGUGAAAAGUGCCAAACAAGCCACAGUUAACAUAUAACGUGACUAGAUAAGAAAAAAAUAGACAUUAGCACUAUAAGGUUUAGAGUUUUUUGCCCACUUAAACUAACUAGUACUUGUAAAAAAGAAGGGUGGGAAUGAUUUCAUAGGCCAAACAAAUGCAGGGUGCCAUGUGGCCAUUAGCACACACCCCUGGGGCUAAAAGACUGCCGAGUUAGCUUAGCAUGGUUCAAGUUUUAUAAGUUAUCAGCAUUCUUAAGUCAGCCUUUUAUAGUUCUGAAAAUGUAUUUUGUGAAGAUAGAUUGUUAUCUUUUUUGCACGUCGAUAUUGCAUGAUACCAAGUGAAGCGUGGAUAAAAAUAAAAAAAGUGAAGACAAAAUAUCUUACAAAAAAAAAAAUCAAUUAGGCAAUGUGCAUUCAUUUUGAGGACAAAACUUUGCAUGGCAACAACAGUUUGAGCUAUCAAAUGAGCUUUUUCACACUUUUACUUUAUUUUUGGCUUUGCUAAGACAAAGCUGGAGUUUUUGUUGUCCAUGAAAACUAGGCCACAGAAACCAAAACCAUUCAUGGUCACGGUCACAUUCAGCGUCAUAACUAUAGCACUCAUUUUGUGUAGACUUAUCAAUGUUUUGUGAUUAUUUAUAAGAAAAACAAUGGGAAAAGUUGGGAAUGGAGGGUUUAUUUAGCGACAUUAACAUGGCCGUGAAUGUGUUCACCACUACAUAAGUUUGCAUAUCACUCUUUCGAUCAUGAUUUCAGGGCUUUUGUUUGCUGUGUCAGUACUAACAUCAUUAGGCUUCUGUUCUUUAGCUUGUUCUGCCAUCACUGCACAUUAAGCUUGACCCAUUCUUGCGAUAAUAUGCACUUUAUUCUUAUACUCAUACGCUUCACGCCACCCCAGAUAAGAACAGCCCUGUUUUCCAAAAGACAGCAAAUGCAGUGACACCGCUAAACUGCUUGAAUCCUUUACCUCAGACCUCCAUGAAUAAAGGAAAUGGGCGGUACUUCCUGAUGACGUCAUAAUGCAAUGAUGCGGCACUACUGUUUGCAUGAGAAAGGAUUGGCCAGAUGUUCGAAGCUGACCAAAAAAUGGCAGAAUAGUUUUUACAGAAAUUGAAAUGUUAUUUUGACAGUGUUUUUUAUUAUUACUAUUAAUGAUAAGAAGUGCCAAAAAGGGCAUGUUGUUGUUUUUUUCCACUCUCUCUAUUUUAAGGCCAUGCCGAGACUUCAAUAUCAAAAUUGCACUGUGCUUAGUCAUGGUUGCUGUGUUUUUUUGUGCUUAGAGGAGAUGGCGCAGUUGUGUUUUUGUGCACGCGUCUAGUAGUUUCUCACACGGUCAAGUUGAGAUGAAUGCAAACUUAUGGUUUAGCUGAUGUCGAGAGGGUCAUUGCUUUUAUGUGGGCGCACAGCUAGAGCUCAUCGCUCUUCCCAAACCCCACACGGCCCCAGAUCAACCCCACCCCGGCUCCCCCACGCCAUCAGAAGAUGACAACCCGGGGUCACUCUUGAGCUCGUAACCAUUAUAGCACCAGCAAUGUUAGAAUACAUUUGUCAUAUCACUGUUCUGUUCUCUUUUUUAUUUUCCUGUUUUUAUUUGUACGACACUCUCUAACCUAGACCAAGUAUAACAAAAAUGUCAUUCAUAUGUAUCCUGUUUACUCUCCCUUUUUCUCCCUUUUGCACUUUCACUGCUCCCCUUUUUUCCAACCACUCCCCACUCUUCUGCCGACCUCCCCCUCACACCCUCCCAGACUUUCUCCUGAGUGCCAAACAAAAACAGUACCAUUCCAAACUUUUUGAGUUCUCUUGUAUGUUGGACAUCCAUUGGACGCACCCAUGAAGCCAGCAUGUUUCUCCAUAACAUGAUGUCAGUCAUGACGCCUCAACAUUACCCAAAAAGCGAGCAGUAAAAGCAAGACCUGGAUUAACAUGGUAAAAACACGGCUGGCUGCCUCUCAUAAACUGCUUUUCCUAAUUCUGUCAUCUCUUCAACCUCCAGGACAUCACUGAUUGUGUGCCAUAAUGUUGGGGGCACUGUCACUCUCCUCACCCCUGAGUCUCUCCAUUUGAUUUUCUCAAUGGAAAACAUUACGCGCAAGCAAAGAAAAACACAAUCCAUUUUAAUGGCAGGUUUCUUUUUGUUCCUUUAGCAUAAAACAUGCUUUAAAAAGCUGAGGAGUGUGUAAACAUCAGCCGUGCAGCCAUCUUCUGUCUUCUGAACUUUGAACUUCUCACCCCUCAUGAACUUUAUUGACCUUCUUCCUCCCCUUCUAUGUUCAUCAACUGUUUGGACUUAAAAUCUCCAUUCCAUCUCCAAUUCUUUUUGAGACUGUGCAAUUCUAGAUGAGAUGAUUGGAUUUAUUUCCUUUUUUAAGUCAUCAUUGGGGACGAAAAAUAAUAAUAAAAGUGACACACAAAAAAGAAAAAAAAAUCAAUAAGAUCCAAACUGUUUCCUCCACAAUUUCAUUAUUUUUCUCUCACUGUAAAUAUCUGUCAAAUUUGGUUAAACUGUAACCAGAAACGUGUUCAACGUAAUGGGGCUGGCAGCAUAAAAUCGCUUAUGUGGGGUGCUCUUAUGAGCCGCCGAUAGAAAGUUGAAUUAAACUAAACUAAAGCAGCUCUAAGAAAGAAUGAUUUGCUACUUGAUUAACAACUGAACAUGGUUAUAGAUAUUCAUCUGAAAAUGGUUAUAGAGCCACAUUCGCAGCACUGAGACCAUCAGGUGGUCAAAAUAUCGAUCUGGCCCCUCCAAAUAAUGCAUAAUCACUACUAACCACUAAGGUAGACUAAGAUUAGUGUAGGUUUCAUACUUAAAUUGAUGCUAGUUGCUAUCUCAUUGUACAUAUCAGACGUGUCGAGUCUAAAUUGUGAUACGUGUUGAUUAGGUGUCUUGACCAUUGCAACAUCUGUUCACAAGACAAAAUUUUUCUCUGUAAUGCCGUAUUAUCAUUUUCAUGCGUCUCAACCAUGCUUGAGCUCCACAUCUAAUGUUUCUAUGCUGCCAGCUUUGUUUUCUGAUAACCCUUCAUGAGCUUAUUUAUUUUCAAACUACUAUACACUAUUAAUAAAUGGCAUCACGAAACUAGGCAAAAGGGAAUGACUGGAAAGAUGAAUUACUGUUUUGUUUUUAGUAUUUUAGUGGUUUCUUUUAACAUCAUCCAUUAACUGACUUAAAAAAAGUAUUAAAUAUUUAAUGUAACUGUAGGAUUGUGUUGUACAAAAAAUAGUGAGUUGUGUUUCUUGACUUGUGGAUUACCAGUGAAGUCAGCAGUUUAGUGCUAAUAUCUAUUAAGUCGUUCCUUUUUCUUUGACCCUUUUUCUUUUUUAUUUAAGGGUUAUUAUUUUCCGACAGCAACAGCAGUCAUUAUAAAUGUUCAUUUUACCAUCACCUGUCUUCUGUUGUCUUAUUCUUCACCUCCCACUACACUCAGUUUCAUCAAAUAACACAUUGCAAGUUCGUGCCUGAAACCAUGUGCUCGGUCUUGGGGGAGGGGCCAUGCUGCGUGAAAGAUGCAAAUGAAUGAAUGAAUGAAUGAAUGCAACUGCUUGUGGAAGGCUUGGCCAGGUGGGUGUUAUGUCUUUUGUCCACCUAUAGCUGAAAUCUGUUGGGUUUCCAUUUACCAAUGGAACCUGCUGAUGUUAAAGCUCAAUCCCAUCAUGUAAGCCUAGUUGAUUUUGAUCGUCCAUAACUCCCCCUCCUCCGUUUGCCAACCACCUUCCACCACUUAUUGUACCCUCCCCCCUCUUACGAGCCAUUCCCUCGCCACGCACCUCCCACGCCAUGUGAUGUUCUCCAUCGAUAACAUACUACUCGACCAGACCCACAUUAACUGUGUUCUCAUGCCUGCAAAGGAGGCGGUUGCCAGUCAACCCACCCUCCACUCAUGAUCCGCCACCAUCCCUUACCAGGCCCUAAUUAUGAAAUUAUAAAAAAGUGAUUCUCAGGGUGUUUACGUAAUCUACCUUACUCUGUGAACUCACAGAACCACAACCCAGCUCUCCCUCAAGUUAUUUAAGGAGCCCAAAGACAAUUUAUCAUGUAUAAUUGCUUAUCAAGUCUUCUUCUUCUUCUUACAAAAACCAAAAAAAAAAAAAAAAAAAACAUCAACAGAAUGAUAUGCACCCGAUUAAAAGAGCAAGCAAAAUGCUGAAAUGUUUACAACUUAAUGAGACCAAUGCUGUUGACAGAAUGUGUAGGAGUUCAAAGACAGUUCUUUAAUAAUUACAUCACUUCAAAGUGACUUCAUUUUAAAUGGUCAUUUCUAUGUGACAUGGAGUUAUGUGUUAACUGAGGCAUUGCAUGUUCCUCUUUUUAGCAAAGACUUGUCAGAAUGGCUGGUACAGUGUAAAGUCAGAGCUACAUUUAGUUGCUAAUAAUAAACUACAUUGAUGUCAGUGUUCAUCUCACAAAUCUUGGAGAAAGGUCCGAAAAGGAAAAAAACUAACAAACAAACAAACAUGUAAUUGCGUUACUGUAUAGAAUUUGUUCAUAUUUGUAUAUGGUGACAGUGAAAAUAAAGGAUGUACUGGAAGUAUCAGGGACACGUGGGUAGAGUUUGAAGGGCCACUUACAACACCGGCUGUAAAGCUCAGUCAUGAGGUAAGUUACAUGAGGAGGGAAAAGUAUCAAUUUUGUUUUUAUAUUUAACGAUUUUAUCUUUAUUUAAUAUAUGAAUAUAAAAUCCAUUACAUGGAUGUUUUAAUGGAACUGGCAUCUACAUGCUAGAGUUUAAUUGUUUAAAUAAAGCUAGUAAGAAAAACACAUGCAUAGUGCAACAGUGAAAUAAGUCUGAAAAAAUCAUAUUUGUAUGUGUCUUGAGUGUGACUGAUAAUUUCACAUUUCCACUGGUCGUUUUUGCUCUUAAUGCAUGGGGUUUCAGGAUGAAGCCAGUUCAAGAUGACCUCAAAAACAUGAUAAAGUCUCUUUUUCAUUGUCAUUUACCCACUUAUUCUGUGCACUAAUUCAUCCAACCUGCAAAAACCACCUUCACCUUCCCAACAUGUCUCCAAAGCCAACACCAGCUAAAAGCUCCAUGGAAAUCCCAGUAUAGCCAUCGCUCAGAGAAGUUGACCGGGCUUCAUGUUGGCUUCCAGCACAUUGAUCUGUGAUGGAGACCCCAGGGAAAUUAACAUUCACCGCAUGAUUUAAAACCUGUCUCACCAAACCAACCAUAAACUAAAGAAGUAUCUCCAGUGUUCAGACAAAGUGGCUCAAUUUAAUUAUUUUUUCAGUGAUUGUCUUUGAAACACAGUGUUCAAUUCUAAUAUAAUUUUUUACAACAAUUUGGUGAACGUUGAGGGAUUUAAAAGGCAGCCUCUAGAUAUCUCUGGUAAAAAUCUAAUGUAGGAAUGUUUCCGUCAUGUAUUAGUAGUGAUUUCACACUCUAGCCACAAUCCUGUGAUAUCUAUAUCUGCUCUGAGCUCCUUUUUAAACAUGGAAACUGUCGUGAUGAAUAAUUAGGUCUUUCAAGUGGAAUCACUCUCUCUGUCUCCACUGGGAAUGUUGAGCUGGUGUAGCCGAAGCUCCAUCAUUUCAAAUGUAUCCAAUCUCGCUAAUUGUGCACCUUCAUCAGCCCUAGGCCAUGACUGAUAUUCCCCGCUCCAGCUUGGUUGCUUCCCCUCACCUCAAACCCAACAGGAUUUUUCUCGUUUCUGCCCAGCUGUUCCAGAAAGCAAGCCUAACCUCCUCUCCAUGGAGGGGGCAUAAAAGGAGUAAGAGAGGGAGCAAGAAGCAGACAAGAAUAUGCUCUCAGCCCUCAUAAAUCCCUUGAGUUGGAAAGCAGACCUGUGGAACAUGUGCAAAGAUCUCCAGUCCUUAGUCCAGCACUUUUCAAGGGAGAAUGUGCAGUACACUGUCCUAAGAUUGCGUUGGCCAAUCUAAGCUGUUUUUAUUAAGAAAGACUGUCUUUGCAAUUUACCUUGAUUACAGUAUGUUCAUUCCUGCUAUCUGUUGCUCCUUUUUAAGUCAGAUUAGUUACAGUGGAUCUAAAAAAGUAUUUGGACAUUUAAAAUGUAUGAAUUUCAUUAGAUUAGUUUUAUAUAUAUAUAUAUAUAUAUAUAUAUAUAUAUAUAUAUAUAUAUAUAUAUAUAUAUAUAUAUAUUUACAUUAGAUAUACACUAUUAUAAAAUAGUAAAAAUAUUGUUUAGCUUGGUUUAUAUUAUACAUUUUCAUUAAUUUCAACUGGGUUAGCACUUUUUUAGGGGCCACUGUACACUGGUUUAUAGAUUUGUAUGUAAAAUUACUAAAGUACUUCCUUUCUACAGAUGCAUUGUUAUAAAUUGCAAUAAUGUGCAGAAAUUAUACAAGAAAUAAUUUGAGGCCUGAAAAAAAAAAAAUGACAGAACAUCUGUCACUACAAAUGUGUUUAAGUAAAUCAUUUUGGUUUACGGUGUGAGCAACAGCUUUCUGGCUGCAGACAGGCCUCAGGAAUGCAUGAGCCGCAAGUUAUAAACGGACAGUGCUGAAGUGAACAGCAUGAAUUCAGCAUGAAAUCUGUACUUUUAAUAGGUCUGACUCUUUAAAAACAUCUAGCAUACAGAAUCAGUCAGUGCGGCGCAGUCUAAUCGAUUUAAAGCUGGUGCGCCUCGGAUACAUGAAGGUUUGUGCUGAUACAGAGAGUAGCUGUCACAUCAAAACAAGGUGAAAUCUGGCCCACAGGAAGACUAUAAACCAAAAGUCAGCAAUUGAGUCGCAGUAGAAAAUCCCUUUGUCCUCAUUUCUCCCCAGAUUACUUUGUGUACAUGUGAAUAUAUCAACCGAAUAUACAAUACAUGCUCCCAUAUUGUAAAGUCAGUGACCAAUGCUUUGUUUUCAAUGUACAAAUCUGACCAUAAACUGUUGUUAAGACCAAUCCAAAUCAGUUGGUGGUCCAUUAUAAUCAGCAAUAAUGUUCAAAACUUUAUAAGCUACCUUUUUAAGGCUUUAAUAUAUUUGUUUGAAUGUGGCAACAUGCAUACACUGUAUUUUGACAAAAGUAUUUAUUACAAAAGAGACAAAAACUAUUGAUAAAUCAUUCUAAUUAAUGUAAAUUUAUAAGAAAUAUUUUUCUCAGUUACUUGAUUGUGUUUAAAAAGUGCAAUUUAAAAAGCGACUACUACGCUGUAGCAAGAAAAUGCUUUCUCUUUACUGUGAAAGAAAACCGCAGGCUUCCAAGAAGACCUCAUCCUUUGGCCAUAAAAGGCCAGAUUUAAACUCUAUAUUGUAAUUUAAUUGUGCUCCCCUUUUUCUUUAUUUAAAGAGUUUAACAUUUGGGGAUGCCUGUUCCAUCUCACUCAGUUCAAACUGGUUUCAUCGGUCAACACAAAAACCACUGAAAAUGAUUGUAAUAGUUUUGUAUGGCUUCAUUGGUUCUUUCUGUUGUAAUAUUUCUAACAAAUGAAGCUGAUAAAUUAUCCUAGAGUUUGUUCGUCAUAUAAAGAAUAACUUUUAACAUCAGUGUUUUAUGAGUAUAUGUAUAUAAGAUAAAUAUAUAAAUGAAGAAAGAUGCAAUGCAAAGCUGUGAUUUUAAAGCACUGUAGCGUGUACAGUGAUUUGUUUUUAUCAAUUCUAUGGUACUUAUGAUAUGUUCUGCAUUUCUGCAGUUGCUGUUUCUUUUCUUUUUGUUCAUGAGCAUAUGCUUUAAUAAAUAUGUUUUUUACAGUA